AUGACGACCCGGCAACCCCAGGAGGACCACGAGUAUAUGACGACUACGCGCGACCAGGACGAUGAGAUGGACUACUCUACCGACCCUCCCCGUGAAGACUGCGCUUCUGGCGCCCCGCAGAGGGUGCUUCAGCGCAAGAGGUCGGCUGUCACGUCCGCCAGUGACGACCAACACACUUCUGGUACGAGUGACGCUGGCUUCAAGAAACCACCACCUAAGAAGAGGGCGGCUCCACGACAGCGCACGCCCGUUGUCCCUGUGCCUACUGCCAAUCAGUACGACGCCCUACAGGAUGGCGCCGACUCUGAAGAUCCCGACGAGCCUCCACCGGCGACCGCCGACGAUGCUACGCAUCGCUCCGGCCCUAAGCUGCCCCGCCGCCAGCGUGGACUACCUCCCUUGCGGCCGACGUCCCGCUCCGAUGGUCAACAGCAGCGGCGCCGAGCUGCGCCACCGCCUGCUCCACCUGCUACUCCUCCGCGGCAACCCGCCCAGCGGCGCCUGCUUGCUGCUCGGGCGGACCUUGGCUACGCCGACGUCCUCCAGGGCCGGACGACGCCUCCUCCUGCCCCUGCUGUCCAGCCUCUGCGACGCUCUGAAGACGGGCCUGCUCCACCUGCUGCAGCUGCUGAUUUCAUCGCGGUCUUGCAAGAAGUCCAGGCCACCCUCGUGGCUGUUUCUGCCGCUCUGGCCCAGCUGCCGACCGCCAUCACUGCUGCAGUCCAUGCAGCCCUCCGAAGUUUCCCCACUGCCACGGCGAUCGCAUCCGCUGGCCAUGGCUCACAACCUUAG